AUGUCUUUCUGCGUCCCUUCGUAUUACUGGCUUACCCAACGGUUGUCUGGUCCUGUUUCAUAUAGGGGCUGGCUCUUAGCUGGAACGCGCAAUAGUCGCACAGCUAUUUGCGGUGGCGCCUUAUGGGUACAACUCCAAUGCGUAAGGAUUGUUCUUCCUAUCGCCUUUCGUUGGAUCUCUGUUCGGGGUAUAUUUUCUAGACCGGGUGGAGACUGGGUUGCGAAUUUCUUCGCGAAAAAAAUAAGGGAAUCCGGGGGCCCGAGAUACGCCUGCCUACUUGAUUUCUCGCUGCUUUCUUCGCUUUCUUUGAGGUGCUUUGGUUUGGUCUCUCGUGCACUGGGCUAUGCCUGUUGUUGGGGCGGGUAUUUCUUCUGUUGGAAGUCAGAUGAGAACUACACUUGGGAUGAAUUAUGCAUGCUUUGGAUUGUCAUCAGAGAUGGUAGCUGUUUCAGCGCUGAAAGUGCAAUCGCUUGGAUCUGGACGUGGUUUAUCAACGACUUCAUCACGACCUGCGGGGUGACAUCGGUCUUUAUGACAGUCGCCGCGAUCCACGUGGCCAUCUAUUAG